AUGGCAGCUGCGUCCUCUGUAUGUGCUUGGUGGAGUCAGGCUGGAGCUGCUGGACGGAGAAUAGUGGAUGUUGCGGUGCUGAGAAACUUGGAUAACGGAGGAUGGUCGCGGAUGAUGAGUGGCUGGCCGCGUGGGAGUGGAUGUAACUAUGGACAGAGGAGAUUCGGAGACCAAGGACUGAUCGUGAGAAGUGAUCAUGUUGCUCCGAUCUACGUCAUCAACCUUCUCAUUACCGACCUCAUCCAGCUCUGCUGCAUGAUCGUUCAGGUGGUACCACUUAAAGAUCUGAAGAUAGCUGACAUCUUCAUUGAUAUUUAUCUUUCUGCUCUGAUGGCCAGUGUUGGCUUCAUGGUCUGUGUUGCCCUGGAAAGGUAUUUGGUCAUCGCCUGCCCAAUGUGGUACCGCUUCAAACGAACCAUCAAGUUCUCUGUGGUGGUGUGUAUUGUGGUCUGGACCCUUCCUCUUUUCUUUUUCUUCAUUUUCUUAUUCGAGGUUAAUCCUAAGGUCCCACAAACUGUCUCUGGCAUUUUCCUCCUCCUUCCCUUCCCACUGCUAAUAUUCUUCCUGGUUGGGACCCUCAAAACACUGUCUGCUUCCAUCUCGGUACCCUCUGAUGAAAAACGACGAAUUGUGGGAAUUUUGGUCCUGGUGUUGCUUAAUUACACGUUGCUUUUCAUGCCCAGCAUCAUUGGGUACCUGUCAAACGAAGCAAGAAAUAACAUUACCUUCAGACAUCUGUAUGUCAUCUUUGUUAGGUUGAAUCCUCUUGCAGACUUAGUCCUGUAUGUGUUCAUGAGGAAAGGGAUCAUAGACAAGCUUUUGGCCUCUGUGUGUUGCUGCAGAAUGGAUAGCAAUGAGAUCAGCAGUCCAUCAGUAUGAAUGAUGACAACAUUUCCACAGUCAGCUUCAUGUAGGCAGAGAAAGAGGGAGAGAGAGAACGGGGAGGA